AUGUUGAAUACUGGAAAAUUUGCUGGGCUAACAGCUGUCAUAACUGGCGCAUCUCGUGGUAUCGGAAAAGAAAUUGCUUUGAAAUUGGCCAAAGAUGGUGCAAAUAUUGUUGUUGCAGCCAAAACGGUUGCACCACAUCCAAAGUUGCCUGGAACGAUUUACAGUGCUGUAGAAGAAAUCGAAAAGCAGGUUGGUGGUCGAGGUUUGGCUUGCGCUGUGGACGUUCGUGAUGAGGAAUCGGUGGAAAAUGCAGUGAAAUCAACUGUUGAAAAAUUUGGUAGAAUUGAUAUUUUAAUUAACAAUGCAAGUGCAAUUUCUUUAACAGGAACACUGGAGACAUCUAUGAAACAUUUCGAUUUAAUGCAUAAAAUCAACACAAGAGGAACUUUUCUGGUAUCGCAAAAAUGCAUACCGUAUUUAAAGAAAGGGAAAAAUCCACAUAUUUUAAAUAUAAGUCCACCGCUUGUUAUGGAAAAACAUUGGUUCGCCAAUCAUUUAGCAUAUACAAUUGCAAAAUAUGGUAUGUCAAUGUGCGUUUUGGGAAUGCAUGAAGAAUUACGACCAUUUGGUAUAGCGGUGAAUUCGCUUUGGCCGAGAACGGCUAUCUGGACUGCGGCAAUGGAUAUGUUAUCAAGUGGUAUGGGUCAAAAAGGCUGUCGAAAAGCUGAAAUAAUGGCUGAUGCAGCUUAUUCCAUUUUAUCACGGAACAGUGAUGAAUAUACGGGAAAUUUUGCUAUUGAUGACGAAAUCUUAAGCGAAGAAGGCAUUCGAGAUUUCGAUAAAUAUGCGGUUGAUUCUAAUUCAAAGCUCACACUCGACUUCUUCCUUCCCAAAGACAAAUUUUCUGUGAAAGCUAAUAAACGAAAAAAUGAUGAGGAAUUGAAUGAUAACUCAAUGGACAUCGAACAAGUGCUUAUUAAUGCUCGGAAAUUAAUUAAUUCAGAAAUCGUUCGAAAAGUUAACGCGAUUUAUCAGUUCCACUUGAAAUCAGAAACCGAUGAUUUGCAUUUAUACUUCGAUCUGAAAAAUGGAGAUGGAACGAUUCGAGAAGGAAUUGCAGAUCAAAGUGAUGUUCAGUUUGAAUUAAAUAUAAAUGAUUUCCAAAAAUUAUUUAAUAACGAUAUUAGCGCAGCAGAAGCAUUUAUGUCAGAACGACUUAAAAUAAAAGGCAACAUGUCAAAGGCUAUUCAGUUGGAUAAUUUAUUACAAAAAAUUAAAUAA